AUGUCUGGCAAUCCCUUAUGGCAUCAAUCUCAUUCUACCCCUGCUGCCGGACUCUGGGGCCACCUCCUUUUCAAGCGCGGGCCUAUCGACGCAUCACUCACGGAGCCUGCAAAUAACCAGCUCGAGAAUAUCUCACGCAAUUUGAACACUCAUCCUGUUGACAAGACCGGUGCAUCGACGCGGAUGCUCUUGCAUGACACUCAUGCUAACUUGGAGAAGUUUACGGAUCGCGUGACGCAGUUGACUGUUGGUCUGGACAAGGCGAAAAGGGAGUUGGUGACGGUACAAAAGCUCUUUCAGGAGGAGCAUGAACAACUUGCAGAUCGGAUGAUCGGUCUUGUGAACCGCUGCCAGAGGGAACUUCAAAAGACCAUUGGCACGCCGGCGCAACAUCUGACAACAGUGACACUCUCCAAGGAUCUUGCGGUCCUGUCAACCCGGAUGGACGCUAUGGACAAGAAGGUCGAUGCACUUAGCGCGGUG